AUGCAGAACAGAAAGGCGGGCGGGCCGGGGCCGCUGGGCAGGGCGGGUCGGUGCGGCUCCGCUUUCCUUAACCCGGCACAUCUCAUUCGCUCCAUUAACGACCCCGAGCACCCCCUCACCCUGGAGGAGCUGAAUGUCGUCGAGCAGAUGCGAGUGAAGGUGAACGAUGCAGAAAGCACAGUGACAGUGGAGUUCACUCCCACCAUUCCUCACUGCAGCAUGGCAACCUUAAUCGGCCUCUCCAUAAAAGUGAAACUGAUCAGAUCUCUGCCUGAGAGGUUUAAGCUGGAUGUUCACAUAACACCAGGAACACAUGCCUCUGAACAUGCAGUUAAUAAACAGCUUGCUGAUAAAGAACGUGUAGCAGCUGCUUUGGAAAACUCUCACUUGCUGGAAGUGGUGAAUCAGUGUUUGUCUGCUCGAUCAUAG